ACGCUCUACAUAGUGCCCUAAAAGUGCAGCAGGAAGCAAUUUGGAUUUCGACUUGACUUUACUGUGGAACAAAACCCAAGCCUGCUUCAUCGUCCUGACCUGCACACAUCAGUGAAGAGAGAGCUGUGACCAUCCAUUCCACUUCAGUGCACAAGAAGAAGAAGAAGAAGGGGGGAAAAAAGGACCAAGAUAGGUGAUCAAGGGGUCAUGGCUGGGUUUCUGGUGUGGUUUUGGAACGAGAGGUUUUGGCUGCCUCAUAAUGUGACCUGGGCCGACUUAAAAAACACUGAGGAGUCCACGUUCCCCCAGGCGGAGGAUCUGUAUGUGGCGUGUCCACUGGCCUUCUUCAUCUUCAUCAUCCGACUCGUGUUUGAGAGGUUCAUUGCGAGACCAUGUGCUCUGGGACUGAAAAUCCAAGCGAAUGGACCUCGGAAGGCUCAAGCAAAUGCCAUUUUGGAGAAGGUCUUCACUGCUAUCACCAUGCAUCCUGAUGAGAAGAGGUUAGAGGGCUUAUCAAAGCAGCUGGACUGGGACGUGAGGACAAUCCAGCGCUGGUUUCGACAGAGACGCAAUCAAGAGAAACCGAGCACUCUGACCCGCUUCUGUGAGAGCAUGUGGAGGUUCACCUUUUACCUGUACAUAUUUACCUAUGGGGUGCGGUAUCUUAAAAAGACUCCCUGGCUGUGGAACACUAGAGAAUGCUGGUACAACUACCCAUAUCAGGCUCUAACAGUGGAUCUGCAUUAUUACUACAUUUUGGAGUUGUCGUUCUACCUAUCUCUGCUCUUCUCCCAGUUCACAGACAUCAGGAGGAAGGACUGUCUGCUCAUGUUUAUGCACCAUGUUGCCACCGUCUCUCUGAUCAUGUUAUCUUAUGUGAAUAACAUGGCUCGGGUGGGCACGCUCGUCCUGUGCCUCCACGAUGCUUCAGAUGUGCUGCUGGAGGCUGCCAAAAUGGCUAACUAUGCCAAGUAUCAGAGGCUUUGCAAUGUCCUGUUCAUCAUGUUUGCACUGGUGUUCAUCAGCUCCAGACUGGGCUUAUAUCCCGUCUGGAUUUUGAACACCACUCUGUUUGAGAGCUGGGAGAUUGUGGGGCCGUACCCAUCUUGGUGGGUAUUUAACGGGCUGCUGGUGCUGCUGCAGGGUUUACACAUUUUCUGGUCCUAUCUCAUAGUGAAAAUAGCCUGCAAAGCCAUCUCCAAAGGCAAGGUGGGAAAGUGGAAUCCUUUACAUGUGUCAAAGGAUGACCGCAGUGACAUCGAGUCAAGUUCUGACGAAGAGGAAGUGGCGCCAUCUGCUCACAAACACCACACUAACGGAACCAAUGGGUCUCAUGGCACUAAUGGUUUCCUGUCAUCUGCGUGUCAUGAUGAACACUAAGCGUUGAGCAUCAUUUCUGCCCGCUGCAGCCUGCUUGUUAGUCUGUACAGUACUCAUGCGUGUCAAACCAACAACGUCACCCAUCUGGACCUGGAAGAUCUUAAUGCAGAAGAACGUGAAUGCAGUUGCAUUUCACUAUGAUUCAGUACAAUGAUUUUGUUCCUGUUCCUUGUACCUGUUUUACUUUUCUUAUCUCAGAUCAUUUAUAGGCACUUGGUCGAAUAUCAAAUCACUGCUCCUUCUUCUAUCUCUAGCUCACUCUUCUUUUGAAUGAAUGAAAGCAUCUCUCGUAUCAUGCUAGCAUGCUGCUGUGGUCAUGUAGUUUGGUGUCAGUGGGAGCGGCUGUUUUCUUGAGGUAACAUCGACGUAUUUAUUUAUUUUUUAUAUCUAUAUAUAGAUUGCAAAAUUGUGGUUGAGACUUUAUUUUCUAUUUCUUAUAGUAAUUUACUGUCAGUGUUUGGAGAUGGCACACUAUUUAAAGUUCAGUCACCGUUUCAGGUUUCAGCAAGGCAACAGCUUUUACAUACAAGGUGUUUCGCUUUAAAUCAUUUAUCGCAAUCUCUGAUGAGGUAACUGCUGUCCGAUACGCUCACCUAUAAAAUGGAUGACGUGCAUUAUACAACUGAGCGACACCACUUGCUAUAUUUGCACUAGUGAACUGUAAAAUGGGAAUUCUCUAACUGUAUUAUGUGCUCAUGUGUUUUGUUAGAAAUUCUGCCAUAUUGUCCUUCACCUUAAAUCAAGUAUGGACCUGUACUUAAAACAGUGGACAUCUUAUAAUAGACUUUCUUUGUGUGAUUUCUACAUUGUGUCAAAGAAUUGUAGAACAACUCUGAAUGCAUUAUUUAAUUGACUUUCAAGGACCUGAAUCAUAUUGCCCUUUGUCCUUGAUUAUAAUGUGAUUCUCCAGCUGGGUUUACAUGAACCGUGUAAUGUGUUAUACUGUAGGUAGUAGCCACAGUUGCAUGACAGUUUCCACAGUAUUAAUAUCAAAUUCCAUGAAUCAGAAUAUAUUUAUCAUUAGGCAAAUUAUGUCCCCUUUAAAUGACCCUAUUUUAACAACAACAACAACAACAACAACAAAAGCUCCGUUACAAUUACGUUAUAUAGUGAAUCAAGUUAAGACACUGGUACACCAUCACACACACCUUUCGCACGUCUCCAAAAGCCUGAACAACACACAGUGAUAUUAUGUUUCUGCUUCUUCGGCUUUGAAUGAUAUCUUCUCAUUGUCCCAUUGUCCUGUUCUUGGUAUGAUGUAACACUUAUUCUUUACUGAGCUAAGUGGAUGACUCAUUAAAAUGCCUUUGAAAUCAGGGUAAAACUCUCGCUUUUCUUCCGUGAGCAAGCUGUGGAGAAGAGAGGAAGCUAAUUAUCUCUUGCUAAGCUAAUUGUCUCUAUGCUGAUGCUGAAUUCUGGGCUUUAAACUAAAUGUCAGGGGUAAAAAAAAAAAAAUAAAAAAAUUUUAAAGCUUCUGCUCUCUGCCUUUGAAACAGAGCUAAUGAAACAAGUUUUCAGGCAUUUAGAAUAAACACAGCAGCCAAAAUUAUUUAGUUAUUAUAUUUUUAUUUUGUCUUUCCAGAUUGAUAUUGUAUAAAGUUAUAUAGAGUUUUUUUCUAUUUCAAGUUGCACAUUUUAUUAGAUAUUUUUUCGUCUUCUGUUACAUAUGUUUAUUUGGCUCCUUUGCUUAUGUGUAUCUGUGAUUAACUCUGUGUGUUAACAUUUGUAAGCAUCUUUGGGUGAUUGAAAACGUGUUAUGAAAAAAAUGUAUUUAUUAUUAUUAUUAUUUUAUGUACACUAUAUGCCCAAAAGUUUGUGAACACUACCAUCACACCCAUAUGUACUUUUGUGAACAUCCCAUUCCCCCUUUGCUAUUACAAUAACCUCCACUCUUUUAGGAAGGCUUUCCACUAGAUUUUGAAUCAUGGCUGUGAGAAUUUGUGCUCAUUCAGCCACAACAGCAUUAGUGAGGUCAGGCACUGAUGUCAGGUGAGAAGGCCUGGGGCACAAUCAGCAUUCCAGUUCAUCCCAAAAGUGUUCAGUGAGGUUAAGGUCAGGUUUCUGUGCAGGCCAGUCGAGUUCUCCCACUUCAGCAUUGACAAACCAUGUCUUUAUGGACCUGAGUUUGUGCACAGGGGCAUUAUCAUGCCGGAACAGGUUUGUGCCCCUUAGUUCCAGUGAAGGGAAAUUGUAAUGCUACAGCAUACAGAGACAUCCUGUACAAUUGUGUGAUUCCAACAUUGUGGCAACAGUUUGGGGAAGAACCACAUAUGAGUUUGAUGGUCAGGUGUCAACAAACUUUUGGCCAUAAAGUGUAUAUGUAUGCAUUGUGGCAUAUGAGCAGUAUAUGAUAAGAAAAUUCAUAUAGUGUUACCAUUAUCCUGAAAAGGUUAAUACAGUACUCGUGAAGCUUAUUUAAAUUACACCUGGAGGAGCACAGCGGUGCAGUGGGAAGUGUUGCCACCUCGUUUCUCCAGCAUCCCACUUCAAUCCCAAGCUCAGGUUACUGUGCAUACGCAUGUUCUCCUUGUGUCCUUGUAGGUUUCCUCUGGGUUCACAGAUUGGCUAUGCUAAAUUUCCCCAUAGGUGUGAAUGAGUGUGUAAAUGUGUGUGUGCAUGCAUGAGGUGACCCGCUGUAGACUGGUGUCCCAUUCUGGGUGAAUUCUCCCACCUCACACCCAGGGUUCUCGGGAUAGACUCCGGAUUCACCACGACCCUUACAAGGAUAAUACUGAAAAUAUAUAAGUGAAUAAAUUACAAGUGAUAGAUUAUGAGAUCUAAUAACUUAUUAUUAAGAGUAUUACUCUAGUGACAAGCAUAAUGUAGUUUUUUUCUAAGAAUGUAUAGUCAUAAAAUAAGGAAAAAUUAUUUUCAGAUUAUUUCAACAUAUUUGAAAGAUACAAGUUUUUAAAAUCAGACGGCUUACUGUUUUAAAGAGCAAACAUACAGGGAAAAGGAGUGACGCUUGAACGGUUAUUGUACAGUUCCAUAUCUAGUGUAUGCAUACUGUAUGUGAAAGACUGAAUGAAACCUCGGUGGCGUAGUAGUUUUGUAUUAAGUAAGGCCACCCAGGUAAUUUCCUCACACGUGCUUUAAGAGAGGAAAAUGGUCAAAGUGCAAACCUAACAGCCAGCCAGUGUGAAGAUGAAGGAGCCGCUGAGCACCUGCACCUACAACCUGCUCUACCAGGACCUCAAGAGAUUCUCAAAAAAUGGAGAACAUUUCUGCAAAGAACUUAUAACAGUAUUCCAGCAAAGAUCUGAGCUGGAAAUCAGCUAUGCUAAAAGGCUGCAGAAACUCGCUGGAAAACUCAUCAGUGUGUCCAAAACGAUGACUAGCAACUCAACGUAUAAUGCAUGGUCCCUUGUAUCAAACGAGAUGUUCUCAACAGCAGAUGCACACAGGUAAAAUAUAACAGCAGUAAAUGUCUGUAAUUAAAUGGUUUGGAGUUUAUACACAUGUAAUGCUAGACUAAGUUUAUUUUCAGAGCACUAGGGCAAGGUCUUCAACAAGAUGCUGUUGUGGAAAUUCAUCAAAUGCUGGAUGAACACACCAAGAGGAAGAGACCAGUGUGUGACACCCACACACCCACACACACACAUUGCUAAGCCUACCCUUAUAGAAAAAUUGCAUAUGUUUAACGUUUUUCAUGUGUUUAUUUGAGCAAUAUGUGAUUAUAGGUGAAAAAUAAGAAUACGUAAAAAACAUAAUCAUGCAAAAAAAAUUAUAUGUGGGGGAAAAUUAGAAAAGACCCCACAUGCACUACAUAUGAAAUGUCUACAUGGGAAAAUGUGUAAAAUUCACACAUGAGGCUUGUAAAGUUUUUCUACAAGGGCACCCCUAUUUAUUAAACUCCUUACAUUAUUUAAUGACAUGUUACCACAAGAUCAAGCAAUACACUGUGUCAGAAACAAGUGAUCUCAGUAACAUAAUGUCUAUUUGAGUGCAGCUGGAAAAUGCAAUUGAAAAAUCAAGGAAACUUGUUGUGACCAACUGGAAUGAACAGCUAAAGGUAA